AAGUAUAUCACAAUUAUCAGUUCCUUUAGCAAUGUUUUUGUGAUUAAGCUGUUUAUAAUGUUCAUUAAACGUUCUUCAAUUAUCAAAUUGUUAAUUUUUUCUUGUGCUUUUUUUGAAUAUUCUAAUUAUAAUUGUUCUGGACAUAGAGAAGAAUUUUGCGGUAAACGUACAGCAUUGAAAGCAUUAAUCAUAAAUGGAUUAACUGCGGAACGAGGACUGUUUCCAUGGGUCGCUGUUCUAAUGAGUGGUGAUGUUCCAUUUUGUGGAGGAUCACUUUUGACAAAUGAUUUAGUGUUGACAGCUGCUCAUUGUAUACGUGGCAAAGAUGAUAUGUACUUAUUUCACCCCAACAAUUUAACAGUUGUAUUGGGCGCACAUAACCUUAGUGAUCCUUACGAAAAUGGAAAAAUAUUUGUUAAUGUUUCAAAGAUUGAAGUUCACAAAGAUUGGAAUAUAACAUCUGAGGAUUAUGAUGCGGAUAUCGCAAUAUUAACAUUAGACCACAUUGUAAAAUUUAAUUCACACAUCACUCCAAUAUGCCUUAUACCUCCACAAUCGAAUAUUACUAUGAUCGAUAAUGGAUAUACUGCUGGCUAUGGAAUGAGUGAAAAAAGGAGUUAUGAAAAUAUUUUACGCUUUAUUAACAUUCCAAUUAUAUCCGAUGUUCAUGAUUGUAUGAAAUCAUACGAUGUUCUCUACAAAAUGUCAAGUAAGCGGACAAUAUGUGCUGGAUCGCGUAAUGGCUCUGGCGUUUGUGAAGGCGAUAGUGGGAAUGGACUUUUUGUGAUUCACGAUGAUACUCAUUAUCUUCGUGGAAUUGUGUCAUCAUCGGUUAAGAGUGGAUAUAGUUGUGACACAUUCGAGUUUGCAAUAUUUACAAAUGUUGAUAAGUUUUACGAUUGGAUUCAAGAGAAAAUUAAGAAAAGAGAACAACUGGUCCUGAUUGGAUCCCGUUUUAUAACUCCUGGUACUAAUUACACAUUUAUUCUUUAUGGAAUAAACUUAGCUUCCAAUUCAUCUCUAAGUGUUUCCUUUGAAGGCAUUAAUCGUAUUGAGCCCAUUUUAUUAAGUAAUUUAGAUGAGACUUUAAAUAAAGAAAUGAGCUUUCAGAUUCCACUCAGUUCAAUGCCAAACUAUGAGUUGAAAUUGUUGUACAAAAGAUCAAGCAGUACAAUUUGUGUGGAACAAUCAAUUCAGCUCAUCAACCUUCUCGAGCGUCCAAUAAUUCUAAUCAAUAUAAACAAACCAAUUUACGAACCGUUCGAUGAAAUUAAAUUAAAAGUUUUUGUGCUAAAUCAUAAACUAAUUCCAUUUAAUGAGCCUAAGAAAUUGGAUGUUACUGUGACAGAUGCGAACAAUAAAACUUUUAAAAGUUUUCGUUUGCUUGCUAAAAAUUAUGGACUAUAUGAAAAUGUUUUUAGAUUAUCUGGAAACUUAAAUUUUGGUUUGUGGAAGCUUGAAGUAAAAGUUGGCGACAAAAAGCGAUCAAAAAGAUUUAAAGUUCAAGAAAGUCUCAAGAAAACCAUUCAACUCGAUGUAAAGAUGUCAAAAGAACUGUCAUUUUAUGAUAAGCAGAUCAACAUGAGCCUCAUUGUGAAACAUCCAACAAAAAUUCAUGUUACUGCAGAUCUGACCAUCUCUGUUGAUAUUUAUUCACUAGCAACUAACAGCACAAUAGUCCAAAAUAUAAGAUUUUACUCGCGUUUUAGAAAUUUUAAAAAAUUUAGACUAGUAGAAGACUUGGGCAUCUCAUCAAAUCAUUCAGACUGUCUCGUUAAGUUUAACAUAACCAUUGACGAUUUCCAAUCAAAUUUAACUUCUUCAUUGGAAUCUGAAGUAAUUUUGAGAAAAGAUAAAAUAAGAAAAAUUUCAUUGAAAAGGAAGAAAUAUUUUCGACCAGGAUUAAAGUUUAAAGCUGUUGCUGAUGUCAGAUCAAUUGAUGGAAAACGAGACAACACAAUAACUUCCAUGGAAGCCAUUGUUACUUAUUAUAGAAGUCACAAUCAAACAUAUAAUAAAAGUCAAACCUUAAACAUCACAAAUGGUGAGAGUUUAGUUGAGAUAAAUCCUCGAAAUGACACAACUAAAAUUGAAAUUGAGUUAAGAGUAGCAGAAACAUAUUUGAGGGAAUAUAUUGAGCGACAUCCUGGAACUGACGAGUACAUCACUGUGAAACUGACAAAAACCAACUCAACUGCUCGAGAAGUGUUAGUAGAAGCAUCUGCAAAGUUCAGGACUCUCUCUGUUAUUAUUUAUGGACCUAAUGGAUUAGUCUAUACUAAAAACUGCGCGGAAGCAAAAGGCCACAAUAAUCAUGGAUUUUCCUUCAACUUAAAGGAUGAAAUGAAGCCUAAGGCAACAUUAAUUGCUUACGAUUUUACUUCGAAUGGUGAAAUAGUCUACGACAUGGUUGAAUUGGAUGUUGGUCACUAUAAAUACAACUCGCUUAAAAUCAGUACAAAUGUCUCUGCAAAUAGCAAGCAAUUAAUAGACUUAUUAAUUGAAUCUGAGAUUGGAUCUACGGUAUUCCUUACAGCAUUUGAACAAGAUUCAUCCUUACAAUAUGGAUUAUCUGAGAAAUCAAUAAAUAGAGAAAUAAUGAGCUUUACGAAUCUUAAAUUUAAAAGUACACCUGAAUUUAAGUUUGAUGAUUCAAGCCUGUUCGUUAUGCAGCCUUUUAAAGAAAUCAACAAUGACAAAACUUCAGGAAUUGAUGAUGAGUUUGAGGAAAAUCAACAUGAGUCGUUAAAUGCUCCAACCUAUCGGCAUGAUUACAUUCCAGAUAAAUGGUUCGAUGAUGAAUAUUUUCUUGAAAAUGACACCAUUAAGAAAAUUUUAAAGAAAAUUCCAUCACGUCAGACCACGUGGCAAAUUCAAGGAAUUUCAAUUCAUCCAACAAAAGGACUUGCAGUUGCAUCAUAUUCACUGAAUGUUGACGUUCCAAAAUCACAUUUAAUAAAUAUUAAUUCACCUCCAAUGACUCGCGAGAAUGAAAUUUUUGAAAUCAAAUAUGAAAUCAAAAACCUAGUCCAAGAGUCAACUAGAUUGUCUGUUAAAGUUAAAGUUGAAAACGGAGAUUUGAUAUCGAUGAAUAAAAACAGCUGCUCAAUAAGUCAUCAACCAACAUUAUCAUAUGAUUUAACACUUCUACAAGGCACAAACUCGAUUCAAAAUAUUUUUCUUAGAUCUCAUAAAGCAGAUACAAUGAAGGUUACUGUUAUGACUGAUGCAAAGUACUUUGUUGAUGUUGAAAGAAUCAUCAAAGUUGACGACAAACAAAAGCUUGUUUGCUCUGCUUUUAAGUUCGUCGAGAGUUUUAAAGCCAUGAAAUCUUUAAAAAUCGAUCAAUCGAUGCACAACUCUCGAUAUGAAGUCACCAUUUAUGGCAAUCUUCUUGAUCCGCUAAUUGGACGAUUCGAAAGUUUUUUUCCUUCUUUUAAAUAUAAGGAAUCUAAGAUCAACUUGUUAUCAGCAUCAAUAACUUUUUAUAAAUUUCUGAAAGCCAUUAAUAAGUCCGAAAUUGAAUUAGGCAAAAAGAUUUUUAAGGACUUGGAAAAAGGCAGAGAUUUUGCAACAGAGCUUCUUGAAGCCGAAAUAGAGCUGAAAAGUCCAUCAAAUAUAAGAGUGGUCGCUUAUGCUGCACAAGCACUUAUCGACUGCAAAGAGUUUCUGAAGAUUGAUGAAGAAUUGGUGAAAGCAGCUGCUAGCUUGAUAAUGAGUCAUCAGAAUUCAGACGGAAGUUUUCCAUACGAUGAGAUGUCGAGUUACCGAGUAGACAUUGGAAGUAGAAGUGCUCAGGUGCAAAUUCAAACAUCUAUCGUAAUUUUACUAUUCAUUAAGGAUCCGGAAUUGAAGGACAUACAUCAUGAAAAAAUAUCAAAAACAUUGAAUUAUUUCAAUACUUUAAAGCCUGAGGAUCUCCAUAAUGAUUACGAAAUUGUCCUUAUUGCACACGUAUUCUCAGUUAAUGAUGAUGACGAAGCAUCACAAUUUUUUUUAAAAAAAUAUAAAGCCUCGCAUGUAAAUGCUACAUUACAGAAACAUAAGUCUAUGUUUGUGGAAACAAUUUCGACUCUUAUUAUGACAAAAAUUCUUUUGUAUGAAGAUCCCAAGGAAGAAGUUAAAUGGUUGAUUGAACAACGUAGUACAGAUGGUGGCUUUUAUUCACCAUACAGUACAGCUUUAGCACUUCAAGCUCUUUAUGAAUAUACAAAGUUUAGAAAUUUUCCCCAAACAAAUCUCGAUAUUUAUGUCAAUAAUACGUUAAAAGGACGACUAGAUAGCUGCCUUGACAGUAAACACAUUGAAAUAGAUUCAAAAAAGUUUUCUUUUUCAACAACAAAUAAAGUUUUGUUAUAUUUAUCGGAACAUAAAGAAAAUAGUCCUCAGAAAUCAAAUGGACAGUUUUUUAAUGUAACAAAUGACGUAAAAAAUGAAGGAAAUGGAAAAUAUAAAAUUAACAUCAAAGUAAGAAUACUUGGAACGAUUAAAAUUUAUUUUAAGACUGUGAAUUUCAUGAUGAUUGAGGUGGAAAUCCCAAAUGGAUAUAAACUUGACAAAGUUUUUCAUACCAGUAUGUUCAAGGGAGAGUUUCAAAAAAAUAAUCAAAUGUUAUUAAUUUAUGGAAGAAACAUUAAAUGCUGCGAACAUGACGUAGAAUUCAGCCUUCUCCUUACCAAAAUUUAUUAUGUUUGUAACUUGGCACCUUCCACAAUAACUGUAUAUGAUUAUUACCGGCAAAAUUUGAAAAACAUCUUUAACUACACAAUCGAUCAGUCUGAUAUUUUAUGUAAUUGCUAUAAUAUAAAGCAUCAAUAAAGACAUUAAAAUACUUCUUUCGACUAAGGAAGACUUAUUAAUAAAUUAAGUAUAAUAAAUUUUUAAGAUAGCGUUGAAUAAAUUUAAAUAAUGAAAUAUUUACAAAAAAUUUCACUAGGGUGACCAUCAAAUUGUUUUUUUUUUUAAACAUAAACAUUUUUGGAUUCUUUAAUUAGAUAAAAUACAAUGAUAAUGUUUUACAAUUAAAAUUUGUCUUUUUUCCAGGGGUUGACACGAUUUCAUCUUUUCAUCAUUUUUCAUCUUUUGAUACAAAAAUUUCAUCUUAACAAUAGGAUUAGGCAGAGCUCGAAGUCGACUGGAGUCGACUUCAUUUUUUUCGAGUCGACUCCAAAUCGUCCGAUCAAAAAUCAUCAAAAAUCAUCAAAAAUGAUCAAAAAUGAUCAAAAAUGAUCAAAAAUGAUCAAAAAUGAUCAAAAAUGAUCAAAAAUCAUCAAAAAUCAUGAAAAAUCAUCAAAAAUCAUCAAAAAUGAUCAUAAGCAUCAAAAACGAUCAAAAAUCAUGAAAAAUGAUCAAAAAUCAUGAAAAAUCAUCAAAAAUGAUUAAAAUUUAUCAAAAAUCAUCAAAAAUUAUCAAAAUGUAAUUCUUCAGUUCCCCACCCUUGGCAAAAAUAUCAUGAUUUUGUUAUCGGUUUGAACUUUCUAAAAAAAACCAGGACAUUUAUGCCAAAACAGGGCACAGAACAAAUUUAAAAAAAAAUUACAGAAGUCCUCGUGUUAUUGAUCGAGGGACUUAAGCGCAUUUUUGUGUUAGCGAUCAGUAUUUGAUUAUCUAUUUAUUUUACGUUCAUUUACAGAUCAUUAGAAGAUCUUUAAUUUUAGUGUAAUUGGCAAAUAAUUAUAAUGAAUGCUUAAAUGGAAAAGCUUUAUUAUUUAACGGUCAAUAAAUAAAAAAUUAAAUCUUUUACUUUUCUCUCCUCUGCGUUGACAAUUAAAACAGGAUUAUUUCAUUCUAGUAAUAUAAUCCACUCCUUCAAUAACUAAUUUGAAGUUAAGCUCGUCUUUCAAGAUCUUAAAGUUUACAGGACAAAUUUCAAUUUCCUUAUCUUCAUUUUCACUUUUUUGGUCAGAAACCAGUUGCAUGAAGCUUUUUUGACAAUCAAAAUAUUUUUCAUGACUUUUCAAAAUUCUUGGUACUAUUUUAUCAUCUUCAAUAGAAAAACCACUUUUUUUUAUAGUAAUAACGAAUAUAAUCGGUUUGACAUCUGCUGUCGGAACGACAUUUAAUUGCAUGUCUCCUAAAUUUUUUUCCAAUGAAUCUUUGAACCAGUUAUAAGAUUUCAUAUUAAUUGGUUUGAAAAUUGCAUAACCGAAAUCCACUUUUAUGAUGCAUUUAAUAUAUGGAGGUAAUUUUUUCCAAAUGUUUUUAAGAAAAGCAUUAUAACUUUCUCGUAAUAUAAAAUCAUGUGGAUAGUUUUUAUGAAUAACCGUUAGACUAUGUGCUUUUUGUUCGUCAUAAGUAAAGCUAACAUCAGCAUCAGUGUUUGCAGCUUGAGUUUCAGGACCUUCUGAAUUGCCAGAAAUAGUAACCGAAAUGCCGUUUUCUCUCUUUUGGUCAUCAGCAUCAGUGUACAGUUGAUUUCGUGGCAGGAAUGCUGUAUUUUCUGCAGCUUGAGUUUCAGGAUCUGUUAUGAUCGUAGGAUCAUUUUGGGAUGUUUCAUUGACUCCAGAGAUUUGAUGAUUAGGCGUUUGGUUACUAGACAUUUGAGUCUCUGUUUUCAUUGAUUUUUGAGAGCAUUUUUUGACGAGAAAGAUUACAGCAUCGAUUACAGCAACGAUUAAAGCAACGCUUAAAGCAACGUUUAUAACAUCAUUAAAGUAGUUUUGAGGUGAACCGUCGUUAAAGUUGUUUUGAGGUGGACCGUCGUUAAAGUUGUUUUGAGGUGGACCGUCGUUAAAGUUGUUUUGAGGUGGACCGUCGUUAAAGUUGUUUUGAGGUUGACCAUCGUUAAAACAUCGUUUAAUCAAACAUAUCUCAUCUUCUUGCUUGUCAAGACAAAAUCCUUUAACUAUGAAACCAGACGGACAUGAUUUUUGGCAAACAAAUUCUUGGCUUUCAUUUAGUUGUGUGACUAUUUCAUUCCCAUCAGUUAGAUUGUUACGUACUAAAACAUUAUUACCUGUGUGGUCGGUAU